GUGAGGCGGCGGUAUGGAGGGCGAGAGCACGUUGGGGGUGCUGUCUGGCUUCGUGCUCGGCGCGCUCACCUUCCAUCAUCUCAACACAGACUCAGACACGGAAGGCUUUCUCCUUGGUGAAAUGAAAGGUGAAGCCAAGAAUAGCAUUACUGAUUCACAGAUGGACAAUGUUAAAGUUGUUUAUACAAUUGACAUUCAGAAAUAUAUUCCAUGCUACCGGCUUUUUAGCUUUUAUAAUUCUUUAGGUGAAGUAAACGAACAUGCACUGAAGAAGAAUCUUUCAAAUGUCAAAAAGACUGUGGUGGGUUGGUAUAAAUUCCGUCGUCACUCGGAUCAGAUAAUGACAUUUAGAGAGCAGUUGCUCCACAGAAACUUACAGACACACCUUUCAAGCCCUGAGCUUGUUUUCCUGUUGUUAACACCAAGUAUAACAACAGAAAGCUGCUCCACUCACUGCCUGGAACACGCCUUGUAUAAACCUCAAAGGGGGCUUUUUCAUAGGGUACCAUUGGUGGUUACCAAUCUGGGAAUGUCUGAUCAACUGUGUUAUAAAACAGAAUCUGCUUCCUGUACAUCCACUGUCUUUAGUAGAGCUGUGAGGACACACAGUUCUCAGUUCUUUAAUGAAGAUGGGUCAUUAAAGGAAGUCCAUAAGAUAAAUGAAAUGUAUGCUGCUAUACAAGAAGAGUUAAAGAGUAUAUGCCAAAAAGUUGAACAAAGUGAACGAGAAGUAGAGAAACUAUUGAUGGAUGUAAACCAAUUAAAAGAAGUUAGAAAAAGACAGCAAGCACAGGCUACAGGAGGAGGAGAGAAGAAUGUCCAAAAAAAUCCGCAGGAGAACAUCCUUCUUUGUCAAGCUUUACGAACAUUUUUUCCAGAGUCUGAAGUUCUUCAUUCUUGCGUUAUUUCUUUGAAAAAUAGACAUAUUUCUCCCAGUGGGUGUAACGUUAACCACCAUGUUGAUGUAGUGGAUCAGCUGACCUUAAUGGUAGAGUAUGUGUACAGCCCUGAAGCUAGUCCAGUGCCCACAGCCCAGCUGCGUAAACGGAAGGCUCUAGACACACACGACCAGGGGCCUGUGAAGAGACCACGGCUGCUGGAGACAGAAAGCAGACCUUCUGUGGCAGCAUCCCGCAGCAGGCACCAAGACAAGGCUUCCUCAAGCAACCUAGACAUGGACCCAGAGAUGGGGAGCCCGGAAGAUGACGCUGACUAUCCUCGCUCUCCCACAUUUUAAAUCUUUAGACAACGGUUUAUAAUAGACUGGGGUUUCAGGCACUUGUUUUAUUUUUUACUCUUUGCCUCCUGGAUUAAUACACAGAAAAGUUUAUGUUUUUACUCUAUUCAGCUGUUUGUAAU